GGACGGACUGACUGGCGGAGAGGACCCUCCCCGUGUCCCCGCGCCAUGGCCGAGAGGAAGCAGUCUGGGAAGGCGGCAGAGGACGAAGAGGUCCCUGCCUUCUUUAAAAACCUGGGCUCGGGCAGCCCCAAGCCCCGGCAGAAAUUCUGUGGCAUGUUCUGCCCGGUGGAAGGGUCCUCGGAGAACAAGACCAUCGAUUUCGACUCGUUGUCGGUGGGCCGGGGCUCGGGGCAGGUGGUGGCUCAGCAGCGGGACGUCGCCCACUUGGGCCCGGACCCGCAGCCGCCCUACUCCCGCCAGGGCCGGCGUGCCGGCGGGGAGCCAUCUGUUGAAUCGGGCCGGAAGGUGGAGAUCCGGCGGACCUCGGGCAAGGAGGCUCUGCAGAACCUCAACGACCAGAGUGAUCGUCUUCUGAUCAAAGGAGGUAAAAUUGUUAAUGAUGAUCAGUCGUUCUAUGCAGACAUAUACAUGGAAGAUGGGUUGAUCAAGCAAAUAGGAGAAAACCUGAUCGUGCCAGGAGGGGUGAAGACCAUCGAAGCGCAUUCCAGAAUGGUGAUUCCUGGAGGAAUUGAUGUCCACACUCGUUUCCAGAUGCCUGACCAGGGAAUGACCUCUGCCGAUGACUUCUUUCAGGGCACCAAGGCGGCCCUGGCCGGGGGGACCACCAUGAUCAACGCCGAGGGGCCCUGUUACUUGAGAGGCCCCCGCCUCUCCUGCAUUCCUGCAUGUGCCUCUUCAGCCCUUGCACUUGGCCGUGCUUUGGCCCCUUGCUCUGUUUCRUUUCCCUUCCUGCCUGCCUUCCCCCGCCACAGGGGCACAUCCCUUUUGGCUGCCCCCCAGCUCUUUGUGGCCUUCUCCCCAGUGGCUGUGGGCUUCUUUCCAUUCAUCCAGGUGGGUUCCUUCUGGGCAGUAAUGAGAGGCAUCUCAUUCCAGGGCGCCCGGAACAGUCGGCAGAUGGCCCCAUGGGCAGAUGGUCAGGGGCGCGAGCAGUCCAACCGGCUGCUGGGCCUGCUUGCCGGGAAUGCGAAGGCGUUGAACUCAUGGCUCCAGGAUCAGUCCACAGACCCUAGAGGUUCCAUGUCUGACUGCCAUGGCUUUACCCAUGAGGAACAUGAAGCCAAAUGUUCCCAGUUUGAAAAAGGUGACAUGUCAGCAGCAGAAAAUAAUAUUAUGGCCAUCAAACAGAGCCUGCCACGGAGCUGCCCA